UUAUUGUACUGACAUUUGUUGACAAUACUCCACAGUUGUUAUAUCAGAAUAAUUGUGAGAAAUGAAAGUUAAUUAGUGUCUAUGUCUGCACACAAUUAUCGACACGAAUAGUGACAUGUGUGUCGGCAAUAAUUAUUGUCGACACAAAUUGACUGUGGCUCCAGACGAUCAUCUUGUGGGAGAGAAAAAAAUGGCGCUAAAUUUUUAUUCUAAACUUCUACGUAACAUCGUCGUAUUGACAGUCAUGUUGCUGAGUUGGCUCGAGGCUGCUGCGGCUGUUGAGGUUACAACCAUCUUGGCUCCCGGCAACAUGGACGAAGCUCGGACGUCAUAUCUGAAAAUCGGAGAACACGCCUACUCGUAUAACCUAAAAUCAUCAGCAGAUGAACCCAUUGAGGGCUUUUCCUUUAAAUCAACGGUUACAAAGACAGAUCACAUAAAAACUGGAGAUGGCAAUUUAAUCGGUUCAAAAGAUACAGUAGAUUUUCAAGAAUGUAGCUGUGAAGAGAACGAGUGUAGCUGUCCAGUUGGAUACGGAGUGAUGAUUAACAGAUUGAACAGCUCUUCAGUAUUCACAUUCGAGGCCGAUGACACCUUCUCAGUGAUGACGUGGGUUGACAAAAACGAAACUUCAACGCUGAGCGAGGCUUGUUUCUUCAUCAUUGGUUCGUAUGAAAUAAAAAACGAGAACGACCUACGUGACCUGACCACCUUCUACAUCACCACCACCGACUCCGUCAUCAUCACGAUGAUGAGUGAUGAGUGCGACAUCGAAGUGUGGUACGCUGCCAUCAGGCCAGAGUUCAACACGACCACCAUAUCACACACGUCAGGCACCAUCGCUUUUCCUGACGAUGCGCAAGUCCUCAUCGAGGGUUGGGGCUACCCGCCUCAGAAGAGGCUGGAGUACGUUUUCUCGUACCCCGAGAACUACGCCGUGGAGUUCAGCAUCGCGAAGCAGGACCUCGGCUCGCGCUCCACUUACCUGCAUGACUUCAGCCUCAGCAACUGCACGCAGAACGACUUCCUCCUCAUCGGGCUGGGUGAUGAAAUUUUAGCCGGAACGGACAUGUUGCUCUACGGCCGGGCGGCCACCAACCUAACCAUCCGCGUCAACUACCACAAGGCGCACGUCGUCUUCUAUGGCGACUACCAUGAACAGCUCGCCACGGGAUUCUCAAUCAACUACAAGGCUAUCAGAGACACCCUCGUGGUGCUCCCCACUCCUCCUCCCUCCACCGCUCCGCCCCCCAUCAGCCUCCCCCUCCCCACCACCUGGGCCGCCAUCGACAGUGCCCAGGCUAGCUACUCGACCACCUCGUCCCUGGAGGACGCGUUCACAGCUACGCUCUCCUCCGUCGCCACCGCGUACAUCCAACGCAUCGGCCUGCCGGUCACCCCACCGCCAUCUGUAAGCGCUACUGACGUCCAUGUGUACGCAAUAACCACGUGUAGUGGACACGUGUGUUCGAGCACGUGUGCUGCCUUCAACUUCUCCAUCAGUAAACUUGACGCUACAGGCGACAACUGGGCCUUCACCACAUCAGUGCUGGAUGAUAUGAUCAGGGAUCCGGCGCUGCAGGAGCAGUGGGAGCAAAUGUGCAGUGACUGUGAACCUUGCGAAGAGACCGUGGACCACGAGAGCUGGGGCGCCAUUGGGGGAGUCGUGGCUUUUCUGCUGGUGGUCACGGCACUGCUGGCUGCGGCAGCUUGGGUCUUUACGGCUAAAAACAAUAAAAACAAAGCUCACCACCAAUACAUGGAAACUCUCAAACAGGAGAAAGCAGACAGAAGACGACGGUCUUCAGGAGACGUGUCCGUCAUCGGCGCCCCUAUGAAGACUCACAGGAGGUCUCUCCCCUUCAGGAGCAGGUCCUCUACCUGCUCCUCCCAGUUAACUGUUGAACAUUACGACAUCGCUGGGUUCACUGAUUUCGAUCUGUAUGACGACUUCGAAGAAAUUACAAACACUUAUGAUGGAUCAUUCGUGAACUUGUCUUACGAUCACGAUCAGCAUCAGACGGAGUGGGUGAAGCAGUUAGAUGCUCUCCCCCUGGCGCAGGCUCCGACUCAAGCUGCCUCGAUACAGAACCAGAAUCUGGCUUCAGAAACACUCGAAGAGUCUAAAUUGUAAAAGUUAAGAAAGGCAACACUGGUAGACUUUCACCCUAAACAAUUUUUAUAUUUUUUAUAUCUAUACAAUGUACACAUGUUUAAAGUAAAAACCUUGGUUUUCCACUCAAGUAAACUUUGAAGCUCGGAGUUGGGAAUCUGAGAAUGGGAAUAUUGAAACGCCGGGACCGGAGAUUAAUUACGCCGUAUUAAGUUGGCCAAGGGUAUCAAAGGGAACUCGAAACUGUCGCGACGUUCCUUCAAAGACUUGUGUGUGCGCGCCGUCUGCUUAUAAAAGGACCCUAAAAUUCAGGCAAAAGGGUUGUUUAUUGUGGUGACCGUCACACCAGUACAGUCUGCAGCCAUCUCCGCAGUGUUAGGUGACGGCCUCGGCCGCCGGUCGUCAGGGCCAGAAAAAAACGGCCGCGCGAAACUCCAAGAUGUAUACAUACAUACCACUCCAGCUCCGAUGUAAUGACGUCAGAAAUCUACGAGUAACUCCCGCAACUUCGCUUAUUUGUACGGUCAACAUCAUUGCUUCGGCUGUGACUUAGUCGUGAGACAGCGUGAUAGACAGCAAAACGUUCAACGAUAUUAAUGCCAGUAAACAGAACAUUCAAGAUCGAGCACUGCGCAAUAAUUCUCAUCGUCACGGUCAUCGUCAGUAGCGAUGGUCAGUAAUCGUCAGUAGCGGUCACGAUCACCAACAACAGAAGUACGGCAAUGAGCUUGGAGUAACAUCAUCGACGAUGAAAACCACGUCACUAUUCAGAAGGACGGUCGUGAUAAAUUCUACGGUCAGACCAGCCGUGAGACAUCAAUCUAAGCGUGGAGAUUACGGCUAUGAAGACAAAUCGACUGUGAAUGGAGACCGCGGGGAACGUGCGGCCUGGGUACGGCCGAUAGGGACACGACAGCAAACAUGCGCGUGAGGUACGGUCAUUUACGACAGUCGUACAACUCAACGGAACUGCAGCGGAUCAAUGUUUCAUGGUGAAAGUAGCCGAUUUAAGUGAUGUAAACUAAUAGAUUUUCAACUUUGAUUGUGUUCGGAUUAAUCCUUCUCCUGUACUAGAGAUUUUUGGUUAACGCAGGAAGUAACUUGAAUUUAAU